UAAAUACAAAUAUAAUUAUCACUAAGUAGUAUUAAUUAUUGCGAUCAGAAUACUGCAAGAUGGGCUUUGAUCAAUCAUUAAUUGUUGGUCACGUUGACGAGGAGCUGCUAUGUCCGAUUUGCGCCGAUGUCUUGGAGGAGCCGUUGCAGUCAUCCGGCUGUGAGCACGCCUUCUGUCGCUUCUGCAUCGAAACUUGGAUGAAUGAGAAGCACAUCUGUCCAGUGGAUCGAUCUGAUCUACUGCCUGUCCAUCUGGUGACCGUUCCGAGAUUCAUGCGUAAUAUGUUGGGAAGGCUGAAGAUCAAGUGUUGUUUUUCAGAAAACGGUUGCUCGGCACUUAUGCCGUUGGAGCAGUAUCGCAGGCAUGUGGAGAACUGCCAAAGCAAUCCCAAGGUGGAGGUACUCUGCACUAAGGGCUGUGGCAUGAAGGUUCCCAAGGAUGAGAUGUUCAGGCACAACUGCGUCCUCGAGCUACGUCUGCAGCUCCAGCAUCAACUCAGUGCCUUGUCUCAGCUUCAGCAAAUGCAGUCCCGACAGGAGCAACGUCUGGUCCAACAAAGGCGUGAGCUGGAGAUGCUCCAGCAUUAUAUUGCCACGCUGCGUGCAACAAAUCCCGUUAUUCGCACUGUUGGGGAUCAGCUGGAUCGAUACUGGCUGAUGCGCUGGGGACGUAGUCUGCCCCUGGCUUCGGUUCGCACCUGGGGCAGCCUGAUCUCGACGCCGGACUCAACCAUGGUGCAGACUGUGCGCGAGGGCCUACGGGCCAGUGGAUGUCCCAUGCGCUUGAUGGGGAUGCUGUUAGACUGUAGCUACGAAGAAAGCUGGCCAGAUGGCUUGAGCACGCUGGAGAUGCGUCGCAUGAACCAGCACAGGCUUGCUCAGUUUGUGACGCGAUUGCUGCCCAUUGGCAUCACUGGCAGGCCAUGUGUCAUCCUCUUGGGCGGCGAUAAUGCUCACAUGCCCGACAAUCUGCGUCCUGCUCUGGGCAUUGUAAUUAUUUUCAUUAAUGGCGUCGAUGAGACACAUGCGGAGUUGUCUCCAGCUCCGUUGUCAGAAGCCGAUUACCCAUAAGAGCGGAGUUCGGAACGAAACAUAAUCACGAAGCAUAUGCAAUAAUGUUAAAGUUUGAUUUAUAUCUAAAUUGGAACAUAAUUAUUUGAAAACAAGUUGGAAAUGUGGUUCUUAACUCUGAUACCAAACUUAGCAGAAGAUAGAAUAACAUUUUGUGAAAAAAUUAUCAACAUAGUGAUGAUUGAUUGGUGUUUUUCACUUUAUUAUUUAGUAUGAACUUAAGCAGCUUUCAUAUUUCGAUUUGGAUUGACCAAAGCAAU